AUGAACCGCCCACCCAAUGGCUCUGCCAACGAUGAGAAUAGUACGCAUGAAUCAGGCCAUGGAGUCAGCUGGAGAAUACCUGUGCUCAGUAGCGCGAGAGGAACAAGUAGUGACGACCACCAUGGGGCCGUUCGACACAGGAGCCGAAGCGUUUCUCGACUUCAGAGAGCUUCGUUAGCCAGGCCUAUACCCGCCGCCAAGCUCGGCUUUCCAGAUGAGAGAGAAAAGCUGGCCCAAGAUGAGGGGAAUGGGCCUCAAAAGCUGGGGUCUUUCUCGGGAGUUUUUGUCCCAACGACUCUCAAUGUCCUCAGUAUCCUCAUGUUUCUUCGCUUUGGUUUCGUCCUGGGUCAGAGCGGUGUCCUCGGCAUGAUGGCCAUGCUUGUCAUAUCAUACGCUAUUGAUUUGAUAACCACCAUGUCAAUUUCAGCAAUUGCUACCAACGGAACUGUAAGAGGUGGAGGUGCUUAUUACCUGAUCAGCCGUUCUCUAGGUACCGAGUUCGGUGGCUCAAUUGGCCUUGUGUUCUACCUUGGUUGUGUUUUGAACACAGGAAUGAACGCAGUCGGUUUAGUUGACUGCUUUAAGCAAAAUUUUGGCGUUGUUUCGGGCAGCAAGUCCAAUUUUCUUUAUGAGGGCUUCUGGUGGGAGUACCUUUGGGCAACCAUUAUCCUCACCCUCUGCACGGCGAUCUGUUUGGCAGGGAGCUCGGUCUUCUCUCGUGCCAGUAACGGGCUGCUCGUCAUCCUUCUGGUAGCAACCUUUAGCAUUCCGCUAUCGGCGUGUAUCAAACAGCCGUUUAAAAAUGAGCGUCUAGGGAUCGAAUUCACCGGUUUCAGCAGCUUAUCAUUCUUCAAUAAUUUAUACCCACAACUUACGAAAGGAGCUGCUGGGAGCCAGAUUAAGAGACGAGAAAACUUUCAGGACUUGUUCGGGAUUCUCUUCCCUGCAACGUCUGGAAUAUUUGCUGGAACGAGCAUGUCCGGCGACCUUAAGAAUCCAAGUAGAUCUAUCCCUAAAGGAACUCUUUAUGGUCUUGCCCUUACGUUCUUUACCUAUACGAUUGUUAUUCUCACAAUGGCGGCGAGUGUCACAAGAGAGUCCCUAUAUAAAGAUGUCAAUAUCAUCCAAGAUAUAAAUAUCUCUGGGUCUCUCAUUGUCCUUGGCGAGUUUUCAACCUCGUUUUUCUCGUCUCUAAUGGGAAUUAUCGGUGCGGCAAAAGUACUGCAGGCCAUAGCUCGGGAUGCCCUUCUGCCCGGUUUGUCAAUCUUUGCAAAAGGAACCAAGAAAAACGAUGACCCUAUCUCCUCUAUCCUCAUCACCUUUGUAAUAGCUCAGGUAACUAUAUUCGCCGAUAUCAACCAGAUCGCCUCUUUCGUCUCCAUGGCGUACUUGAUGACCUUCCUGGUCACCAACCUAGCUUGUUUCUUACUCAAAAUUGGAUCCGCCCCGAAUUUCCGGCCAUCAUUUCGUUACUUCAAUUCUACAACUGCUUUCGUUGGGACAGUUAUCAGUGGAGCCAGUAUGUUUUUCACUGAUGGGGUAUACGCUACGGCGUGUGUUUGCGUGUUGGUGACUCUCUUCCUCCUAAUUCACUACAUGGCUCCUCCAAAGACGUGGGGAGACGUCAGUCAAAGUCUUAUAUACCACCAGGUCCGAAAAUAUCUGCUUCGACUUCGACCUGAGCAUGUCAAAUUCUGGCGCCCACAGAUCCUCUUAUUUGUCAACAAUUUCGAGGAACAGUAUAAAAUGAUCCAGUUUUGCAAUUCGUUGAAGAAAGGCGGUCUUUUCGUGCUAGGCCGGGUUCUAGUCACGGACGAUUUCGCAACCGCUGUUCCAGUGGUUAGAAAGGAACAGACUGCAUGGAAUAAGUUCAUUGAAUUUUCAAAGGUCAAAGCCUUCAUCAACAUAACAGCUGCUCCCAAUAACGAAUGGGGCGUCAGGAAUAUUGUGCUAAGUGCUGGACUUGGGGGAAUGCGACCCAACGUGGUUGUAAUCGAUCAAUUCCGCAAGGGCAACCCUGAUGUUUUGCUCAACUCUGUGGCUCCCCUGAGACGGUCAACGAGACGCGCUUCAAUUGUUAGUGAAGAUGGAAGAGAAACCCUUCGGAAAACUAGAACGGAUUCGUUCGAGACAAACCCACCGAUGAAUGUCCAGAGCUACCUGACGACCCUGGAGGAUUUACUAUUCCAGCUACGCAUCAAUGUUGCAGUUGCCAGAGGGUUUGAGAAUAUCGAGCUACCAGGUACCAACGAUGAACUGCCCUCCAAGUUUAUAGAUCUCUGGCCGAUCCAGAUGUCUGGAGAGAUAUCAUCAGAGGGAGGGCGGUCACGUACCAACUAUCUCACAACCAAUUUUGACACAUAUACACUAAUAUUGCAACUUGGCUGUAUUCUGAACACCGUCCCAUCCUGGAAACAAUCAUGCCGUUUGCGAGUGGCAGUGUUUGUAGAGUAUGAGACAGACGUCGAGGAAGAAAGAGGGAGAGUGAUGACUCUACUUGAAAAACUUCGGAUCGGUGCCGAAGUGCUGGUAUUCUGGCUUGCCAGCGGGGACCUACAGACUUACCGCAUAAUCGUCAAUGGAGACAGAAAUAACGUGGAUAAGGCUGUGCUUGACGCUGUUGAACAAACAUUGGAAGAGGAGGAUUGGUGGAAUGAACUUGGACGGUAUAGGACCGCUUCUGAGGAAGCCCGGAGCAGAUCCAACAGAUCACAGAGGCAGACUCCGACGGGAUCUGGAACUACAACUCCGCGUGAAGGUAGACGACGUGCGGGACUGGAGGGCCUCAAGAGAGUUAUCGAGUCGUCUCGGAGACGCUCGAUUGGGCCUGGCGUCAGUCUCGGGAUGCAGACCCAUCGGCUGCUGGAUUCCAUGGUAGAUUACAACUCUGAUGGGGACGAGUCGUCUUCAGAAGAGAGUGAUUCGGAUUCUUACCUUAGUGAAAGCGAGGGCGAGAAUGAAGGAGAGGGCGAUAACCCAAUGGCAGCCUCUGACGUUCCAACUGUCAUGGAGCCGGAAGAAAUCGCAGAGACACCCACGAGUGCGGCUACGCCUUCACCCCGUGCAAUGUUUACGAAGAAAGGCCGGGUCGCAUCCACCGCCAAAUUCUCCUCUGCGCCCAUUCCAGCGACGAAGGUGGUAUCAGAAGAAGGUACAGGGCCUUCGAUCAUGUUUGCUGAUUCGUCUCCUCCGCGCCGCGGCAGCCCAGCAGCGGCAGGCUUCGAGUCAAUAUACACCCGCAACGGCGACGCCUCUAGCCAGCCUGCCCUUGUUCCGGCCGAAGGAGACGCGGAGUGCCCUCGGCGGGCGUCUGGGUAUCCGUCCCAAGCGGCCAUCCCUCUCUCAUUUAACGAUCUGCCAGGCCGGGCCCAGCAUCUUAUACUGAACGAGCUGAUCAAGUCCCAGAGCAAGGACACGGCAGUUGUGUUCACCACCUUACCAACCCCUGCCGAAGGGGUAUCCCAAGAUAAGGCCUCUAGUGAAGCGUACGUUGGCGACCUCGAGGUGCUCUGCGACGGUCUUCCCCCGUGCCUUCUCGUCCACAGCAACAGCGUCACUGUUACCAUGAACCUAUGA